AGUUUUCCUGGAGUAACUCCUCUGCCAGCUAAAAUCAGUGCCACACUCCACGAGACUCAUAAUUAAUGUGAUAAAUGUGAGAAACCCGGGCUGCCCUGGCUGGGAUUUAUUCAUGUAACUCCGUCAGAAAUAAGGCAACCGAGCCCUGUUGCUGCGAAGUGUGAAAUCUCUGCAACCCUGCCUGCUGAGUCCAUGAAAUAAAAGCAUCUACGAGGAACUCAAGACUGAAGACUGACAGAGAAUAGUCUUCCUUGAAUACCUUUGGACUGUUAGCAGCUUUCUGACAUGACCUGCACUCUGUAAACUUCUGUAGCCAUGGAUUUAAAAGUGGACUUCACUGCAGAGCCAGGUCAACAAGAAAAGAUGCAGAAGGUUCCCGUGCCCGGCUGAAACACUAACCGAGGCAACAAUUAGCUAAAAGGUGAAUGGAGACAAGAAAAAGCACCACAGCAGGGGUUUCUUUCUGGACCCCCGCCCCGGUCCGCACCUCACGCAGCAGCUCUGUAAUAUCUGAGGAUGUGUGGGAGGAUGAGGAUGAAGAACAGGCGGAGAAAGACGAUGACUUUGUCAGCCAGAUGGACGAGAAUGGCAUCAUUGGACUGUCGGAUGCACUGGGUGAUUUGGAGUUGGCAGAAAGUUGCGGUGAUGCGGACGCAGAAUAUGGACCCCUCAUCCCAGAGGAGGCAGGCCUUAGCGGGUGUGAGAGGGACACACCACCUGGGGAACUAAGUUACAGCCUGAGUAAACGUCUGUCUUAUUCCGGAUCAGCAGGAGAGGAUCUACCGUCACAAUGUGAUGACUUGAUUGGCAGCUUUAAAGCACUGGCAGUGGAUGAGGAGGUGAGGCAGUGGAAAGAAGAGCAGAGGAUGGGGUGCCACCCUGAGAGGGACAAAUUCUUGACAGAGGAGGAGAAAGAUGGAGAAGAAGCAGGGAAGAGGAGUGACCGAAAAAGCAAGAAAAAUGAACAUGCUAGCACAAGCUCGCUUGAUGUGAAUGCUAUAAAUAUUGCUCACCUGCUAGCCAUGGAACCUGCUGGAGUCUCCAGUCAUCACUGCCCAAUAUCCCAGCCUGCCCCACCUGUCACAGCCAACACUUUCCCCCACCUUCUCCACUUCACUGCUGCGGAAUUAGCUACUUGUCCUGGGAUUGAAGCUGAAACUUUUCCUGAAAUGAGCUUCAUAGAAAGUCUUCCAGAGUCACCCAGGAGCAACAUGAGCCUCAAGUCGAGUCCUCGUUGUCCCGAGCUAAAGCUCAGGGCUUCUCUUCAGCCAGCAGCCAUGUUUUCUGAAGAAGUCGUUCCAAAUCAUUCCAGUGGAGUAAGUAAUGGGCCUUUAAAGGAAUCAGAUAAGUCCAAUAAGCAUCAAAAAAUGCCCACUCCCUCACCAAGGAAGACGAGGCAGCACUCUCCUGAAGCUACACAUUCAACUCGUUCCUUAAGCUCAGUCGGGACUGACUCCUUGAAAUGCAAACAUCAGACCACAAGUCCUGACAGAGAGCAAAGGACACCAAGAGCCAGGAGUAAAGCUGUUGAAGUAGAUGAAUCCAGGAAAGGACCUUUGAGUUACCCCAAACCAGACUUCUCUAAUGUGGAGCCCAGGGUCCGGAUCCCCAAAGAUGGUUACAAGCCCCCCAAGAGCAGAAACUCUUCAAAGAGAGAGUCCCUGUCACCUGAGCAACCCUUAGUGUUCAAAUCCCCUGCUGACAUUGUGAAAGAAGUCCUACUACACACCACAGACAGAUGCCUUGGCCCAUCAGACUCUGACAUAUCACCAGCCUGUGCCCCCGACUCCAUUGUGCCUCAGGAGUUCAGAUGCCGCCAGCAGGCCACCACACUGCUCGAACAGCUACAGGAGGACUACAGCACACUGCUGACUAAGUACGCCGAAGCGGAGAACACCAUUGAUCGUCUGCGCCUGGAAGCCAAAGACAGAGCUUUAGAGACCCAACAGUCAGGUUCCAGUGAGUGUCAGCCGAGCACAGACAGAGCAGUGAACCUGUACUCUGACCCUCCAAAGCCUGGACACUUGGUGCAGUCAGGACUGAACCAGGGCUCAGGGUUCAUGAUGCUGAAUUUUCCUCAGGCUCAGAGAGCAGAGAUGAACUCAGCUUCUCCUCAUCCAAACGGACACAGCACUCAUCAGAGGAGUUCAUCUGCCUCUCCUUCCAAAAGAAGCCCGGACCCUCAGGUGGGACAGCAGCUGGCCAAGAUUCUCUACAAUCAGGCUGACAAGUUCCUCAAGCAGCUGCACACAUUUGAGGAUCUCCUAAAGUGCAAGAAACUCAAACCUUCUGAACAGGUUGAGGGUGUCUCACAGCUCGCUGAGGGGCUCGACUCUUUAGAAAGAGGCUACCUGUUAGCAAGGGAUGAACACAAAGUCCUGCAGCAGCGAGGGGCAGAAAUCAGCCACUUUGACCCUGAACGGGAGCUGGAGGGGCUGAUCUUUCAGUGUGGGGUGCAUAUGGAUGAGCUGAAGGAGCAGGUGGAUCAGAUGCGACAGGAGGAGCUAACCUUUGAGGCUCCUCCCUCUCCACCUCCCCACCCCACACCUUCACUUCCCCCCUCUGAGAGGGGAGAAACCCUGGCUCAAGCACAGGUACAGAGCCCACCUGUGCCUUUACUGUUUUAUCCUGGAGAGGCGACAGUGCUGGAGAUGAGCUCAGCAACUGAAGAGAGUGAUGACGCCCAUUCUUUCUACCUCAAACCUCUGACUGGCAAACAGAGACGUGAUGAACAAGACUUUACACUCAUAGAUCACUACCAAAGCUUCCAGGAGCUUCCCAAACCUUUAAACCACAGACAAAAGGAAGGAGCUCACUGUUCUGCUGCCGUAAGAACUGACAUGCAGCCUGAGGACAAGGAGAAAGAGAGACAGAGUCAAAGAACUGCAAACGUGGAAGUCCAGAAGAGUCUUCCGCAGAGGAAAUCAGUCCAUCAGGACUCUUCUUCUUAUGUCCAAACCAGCAAACAGCGACCCAGCAGGUCCAGUCAUCCAUCCUGCAGGGCCUCCAGCCAGUCCACUACACUCCCCGUUGAUCCUCCUAGUAGCAGAAAGAGGUUAGAGGUGGGAAAGUGCCACAGCAGCAGCCUGAGCAGUCUUGGAGAGAUCACUGCGUUGGAGAGGAAGAGCUCCAAACUCCAGACUGGGAGCAGCAGAGUGCUUUCUCAGGAUAGGAUCAUCUCUCCGGAAACAGACAGUGGAUUUAUCGGUUCAGAGAGCAGCCGUCUGACUCCUGCAGCAGCUCCCAGUCCUCUCCACCAGAGGGCCUCAGAGAGCGUUUCAGUGCCUCAGGUCAGAAAACCAGGGAAGACUCAAACAGGCCGAGUCUCCGCAGCAUCUCCUGCUUUCUCACCGUCACACAGUCGCACAGCUCUGGAGCCCAGCAGGGGCUCUCGGCUCAACCCAGACCAGCUGAGGCAAACCAGACAGAGCCAGAGGAGACGCACCUUAUCCUGCUCUCCAAAGCGCUGGGUCAGUCGGUCAGAACCAAGCAGGGCUGACAGUGGGACCAGUGAGUUCGGGCUGGAGAGUGACAGCACUCACACUACAUCUGAAGACGGACAGAAUGACCAGUACACAGAAUCUGUCAGCUCCAGCCCAGGCUCCUCCCCCCCUGCAGGGUGUCACCAUGGCGAUUCUCUCAGAGCACUGAGCUCCAAUCACAAUGAUGUAAUCCCGACCCUGCAGGCUGAGGUGAACAGAUUGAAGGCGAGCCUCGAAAUCUGGCUGAGAAAAAAUAACCCCCCGAGCUCUGUGAGAGCAACUCCAUCAGUGCAGGAAAACUACACCCACCACAACACCUCUACACCUGUUGCCAGGCCUGGGGAGAGACGGAGAGACGUCAGCAGAGGAAGAAGAGACAGACUGGUGGCUGAUGAGGUCGAGGAGUCUACACUGAGACGAACAACUAGAACGAGACCACUUACUGCACACAGACAAAAACCACAACCUGACAUCUUGACCGCUUCAGAGCCACGUACAGCCCAGCCUCAGCCUCGGGUGUCCAGAUGUACUCAAACAUCCACUGCAGCAUCAGACAACUACUCUUCACACACAAAUACUGUCCGCGGCAGGACACACCUCAGGCAGCAUCCUGGUGUGUCUGCACAAAUGUUUGUGACAGCAGAUGAACCUGACAGCAAAAGUCGUCGACUUGCUCCUUGUCCUCAGUGUUUAUCACGUCUCCAAGGGCGACCUGAAGUUGGUGGCAACAGAGAGUCGACCCAGUCCUCCUCUCACUGUCGUCACUGUCCUCUCUGUGGAAGCACUGAACCCUACAGAAGCACUGAACCAGACAGUCGCAGAGUCGCAGAAUCCUCAACACGCACAAGCCACCAACCAGCCGAGUCCCAAGACGGAGCAAGGGGGAGCAGACACUUUGCUGCAGCAGCAGCAGCAGCUCCACCUACACUGCUGCACUGCAUGCCAGUCUGUACACCACCAUUCUUGUUGUACUCUUCGCCCCUUCUCAUGCCUUCAAGCAGUAACACUGACACAUCGUCAGGGGUCAGAGGUCGCAGCAAGGCGAGGAGGAGGACACGGCGCUCCCUGUCAGUCGACAAGCAGCGAUCAGUGGACAGCUCUGUGGACAGCUCUCUGGACAGAGCCAUCAAAGCAGCUCGGCACAUGAGACACACCUCUGGGCACAUGGCUCGCUCGCUGGCUACUGGACUGCACUACCAGAAGCUGCUGACUCAGUCUAGCUAACGAGAACGAGGCUGUCGACAUCAGCAGGAGCCUAAAGUGAAUAAAAAAAUCUAAACUCUUU